AUGAAUCUAAUGCCUCGUUUCUUUUUGCCUCCUGCCUGUGGCACAGAUGUGGACGAGUGCCUGACGGAGCCAUGCGGUGCCAACGCCCUCUGCCUAGACAGUGUGGGCAGCUACUCCUGUCAGUGUCUACAGGACUAUACGGGAGACCCCUACACAGGCUGUGUGGAUAUCGACGAGUGUUCCGCCUACAACCGCCCUUGUGGCAUCAAUGCCGUCUGCCAGAACGCACAGCCUGGCUUCACCUGCUUGUGUCCCCAAGGGUUCAGUCCCAGCCCCACGCCCCACGUCGCCUGUGAGCAGGCGGACGUAAACAUCUUGUGUGGGACCAACUUCGACUGUGUGAAUAACGCUGAGUGCAUAGAGGGUCAGUGCUUCUGCCGCGAUGGCUUCCAGGCUGUGGGUGCCGAGUGCCGGGACGUGGACGAGUGCCAGCUCUCCCCCUGUGGCACCAACGCCCAGUGCCAGAAUGUUCCCGGCGGCUACCAGUGUACUUGUAACUUCGGCUUCGUGGGCAACCCGCCCGAGACUGUUUGUAAAGCUCCGUGUGAGGGUGUCGAGUGUGGCGCCAACGCCUUCUGCAAGGCUGACGGUGUGGAGGCCAGCUGCAUGUGUAACCCAGGCUGGACCUACGACCCCGCCAACAUCGCUGCCGGCUGUGUUGACGUGGACGAGUGCUCGGCGGGCCAUCGACCAUCAGGCCAGUGUGGAGACAAUGCUCUCUGUACCAACACCCUCGGGUCCUUCACCUGCCAGUGUCCAGCAGGGUUCUCUGGCAACCCCAACACCAAGUGUCUAGUAUGGGCCAGCUUGGACACAUGGCAGUAUGGGCCAGCUUGGACACAUGGCAGUAUGGGCCAGCUUGGACACAUGGCAGUAUUGGCCAGUUUGGACACAUGGCAGUAUGGGCCAGCUUGGACACAUGGCAGUAUGGGCCAGCUUGGACACAUGGCAGUAUGGGCCAGCUUGGACACAUGGCAGUAUGGGCCAGCUUGGACACAUGGCAGUAUUGGCCAGUUUGGACACAUGGCAGUAUGGCCAGCUUGGACACAUGGCAGUAUGGGCCAGCUUGGACACAUGGCAGUAUUGGCCAGCUUGGACACAUGGCAGUAUGGGCCAGCUUGGACACAUGGCAGUAUUGGCCAGCUUGGACACAUGGCAGUAUGGGCCAGCUUGGACACAUGGCAGUAUUGGCCAGCUUGGACACAUGGCAAUGUGGAUGAGUGUAGCCGUGCAGGAUCGUGUGGUGUGGGCGCCGUGUGUACCAACACUGUGGGGUCGUACACAUGCUCCUGCCCACCCAACACAGUGGCCGACCCGGACCCCUUCACCCAGUGUCUGGAUAUAAUGAAGUGUGCCCAAGACGAUGACUGCCCCGGCAACGCGCUCUGCCUCGUCAGCCAGUGCAUGUGUCCGGAGCCCAAUAUUGGCGACGAUUGUAGACAUCCGUGUGAGGACGUGCGCUGUGGACCCAACGCCGGGUGUAAACUGAUCAAUGGUCAACCCAAGUGUAUGUGCGACCAGGGGUACUCUGGAAACCCCAUUGGUGUAUUUGGAUGUACAGAUAUCGAUGAGUGUGUCAAUAACCCCUGUGGUGAUGGCGCCAUCUGCCGCAACGAGCCAGGAAAGUUUACGUGUGAGUGUCCGACAGGGUUCAAGGGUGACCCAGCCAGAGAGGGAUGUGUGGAGGUCAAGUCCCCUGGAUGUGGCCCCACACAGCCUUGCCCAUCUGGAGAACAGUGCGUCACUGACGAGGCUUCCAAGGAAAAUGUAUGCGUAUGUCGCCGUGGCUACAUUAGGGACAAUGACAAUGGACGAUGCCGCGACGUCAACGAGUGUAUCGAGAACCACCUUAACACUCCCAUCUGUGGCCUCAAUGCGAACUGUAAGAACCUACCAGGAUCCUAUGACUGCCAGUGUCCCCCGGGCUUUGUCGGCAACCCAUUCAGUAACUGUGAAAAGUGCAGCACACUGGAGUGCACAUGCUUGCCUCCAUACCGCAUCGUGCAAGGUAGCUGUGUGUUGGCCAACUGCUCCCUGGGCAACCCGUGUCCUGCUGGGGCCGAGUGUGUCACCAUCCAGGGAGGACUGAGCUACUGCGCAUGCCCCGCUGGCUACACCACCCUGCCCGACGGUUCCUGCCAUGAUGUGGAUGAGUGUGCGACGCGUCGGCCCGACGGUCGCCCUCCCUGUGGCCUGGGAGCCGAGUGCUACAAUCAGAAGGGUAGUUAUGAAUGUCGCUGCGCUCCUGGCUCUUCCGGUGAUCCCUACACUGCCGGAUGUUCUGUGGCUGUGCUCCAGUGUUCCAGUGAUGCAGAGUGUAGCAUUAACGAGAGAUGUGUCCAGCCAGGCAAGUGUGUCUGUCCUCCACCUUACUUUGUUGACAACCAUGAUGAAAACAAGUGCAAAAGUCCCUGCGAGGCCUUCUCUUGUGGCAUCAACAGCAAGUGCACACCUUCAGAUCCGCCCCAGUGUCUGUGUCUGCCAGGUUUCCUCGAUGGAGGACCUGCUGGCUGUAUUGACAUCGACGAGUGCCGCGAGAACCCCUGUGGCCACAGCGCAAUCUGCAUGAAUGAAAUUGGUACCUACAAAUGUGAAUGUCCUCCAGGAACCGUCGGUGACCCAUUCGUGGGCUCCUGUACUGGAACUCAGACAACGGACUGUGUGAGCGACAGUGAUUGCCCAGGAGACCUUGCGUGCACAGACACUGGUGCUUGUGUGAACCCUUGCGAUGCUCUUCCCUGUGGUGCCAACGCUUACUGUGAGGCUGAGGAGCAUGCUGCUUGGUGCCGCUGUCAUCCAGGCUAUGCUGAAGGGCCCAACGGUGAUUGUGUGUCCAUGUGUGAAGGUUUCCUCUGCGGCCCCAACUCCCAGUGUAUUGUGGCACGUGACGGCCCCACUUGUAAGUGUGAAACUGGCUACAACGGCAACCCGUUCCCUGGUGGUGGGUGUCUCACCGACCAGUGCUCGCCCGCUUCUCCGUGCCAGGACCCACAGCUGUGUGUUAAUGGCAGGUGCAAGGAGCGCUGUGAGGGCGUUGUUUGCGGUGUCGGCGCCAAGUGCGACAAGAACACUAACAAGUGUGUGUGUCUGCCUUUCUUCCUGGGCGACCCAGAUCUCCUCUGUGUCCCACCUGUGACGCCACCACUGUGUACUCCUGGCUGUGGCACCUAUGCCCACUGUGAGUACGGACAGCCCAACAGGUGCAUCUGUAACACCGGCUACAGUGGCAAUCCAUAUGAGUCUUGUGAGUCCGAGGAACAGAAGGUCGACUGCUCAACUACAAAGUGUGGCAAACUUGCUGAGUGUAGGCAGGGUGUCAAUCGCGUCGACUGUGUAUGCCCCGUUGGCUUCCAGGGUAACCCUUAUGUGGAGUGUGCCGAUGUCGACGAGUGUAUCGGUAAUGCUUGUGGCAUGAACGCUGUCUGCCUCAACACGGAGGGCAGCUUCGACUGCCGUUGUCAGGAAGGCUUUUUCGGCAACCCCUUCCAAAUGUGCAUGCCACGUGAUCAUACUCCAUCCACGGAACCCUGCCAAGACACCCCAGAGGGCUGUGAAGGUGUUCCUUGCGUCGGAAUCACAUGUGGUCCCAAUGCUGCCUGUGAUCAGGAUAAGUGUGCCUGUCUCGUCGGCUUCACUGGCGAUCCUGACGACCUCACUGUAGGCUGUCAACUAUCUGGGUGCCGUAAUGACCUGGACUGUGACGACGACGAGAUAUGCUUCUCCCUCAACAGGCGUCGCACAUGUGUAGGUGCCUGCAACAAAGUAGAGUGUGGACCCAAUGCUAUCUGUGUGGCGCAAGCCCACCGGUCCUCCUGCCUCUGUAAGGAGAACUACGCUGGCAACCCCAGCGACCCGGUGUCUGGGUGCCAGUCAAUUGACCGCGAGAGCCACUGUACGGAGGACGACGACUGCAGCGAUGGGCAGGUGUGUCAGGUGGACCUGCAAGGCCUACGUGGGUGUGUUGACCCCUGCCUUUCACACACCUGCGGCCAGAACGAGUUGUGUUACGUGCAGAAUGGACGGCCCCUGUGUCGCUGUCAAGAUGGCUACCUCCGCAACCCCUCCACCAACCGCUGUCAGAAGCCAGCUGUGCCAGACUGCGAGACCGACCUUGAGUGUGGAUUGUCAGCGGCUUGUCGCCCAGACCAACUUGGGGUACUGAAGUGCGUGGAGGUUUGUCGGGCCUUCAAUUGCCCCUUGCACUCCACCUGCUUCGCCAGCAGCCACCGUGGCCAGUGUCGCUGUGACCCAGGCUUUACGGGCAAUCCCAACGACCGCAGUGGGUGCCGCCCACUGCCCCGCGAUGAGUGCCAAUCUGAUGCCCAGUGCCCAGAGACCCACAAAUGCCAGGCACAGGGCAAUGUCCGCAAGUGUGCUGCCGUAUGUGACACGACCCGCUGCGGCCCUGGAGCCGUCUGUAUCGCCAACAACCAUGCGGCUCAAUGUCAAUGUCCUCCGGGACUCUUCGCAGGGGACCCCAACGACCCCGUCAACGGGUGCGCCUCUGUCAGCUGCAUCAUCAACGAAGAUUGCCCCACAGACAAGGCUUGUAACAGGCUUGACUACACUUGCUUUGACGUUUGCUACGAUGCAUGUGGUGACAAUGCCAUCUGCAUUGCUGAGAACCAUCGCUACAACUGCAAGUGUCCGCCAGGCUCCCAACCUAACCCAUCAGCUGAAAUAGAGUGUAAAACACUAGAUAUGUGUGACCCCAACCCGUGCCACUCCUCAGCCACCUGCUCCCCAUCAGGUGGGAGCCACCAAUGCUCCUGCCCACCGGGCAUGGUUGGCGACCCCUAUACCACCGGCUGCCACCCAGAGGGCAUGUGUCCCAAUGGUAACAAGGAUUGCCCUCUGGACAGUGUUUGCAUCAAUGGUAGGUGCUCCUCGCCGUGUGACCGCGCCUGUGGCCCCAACACUCUUUGUAACGUCGUCAACAGGAAACCAAUCUGCAACUGUCCACCGGGCUUCGAGCCCAACCCAACACCAGACAAGGGGUGUAACCGGAUCACUACCCUCUGUAGCAACGACGCACAGUGUCAAGGUGGCGUAUGCCUGGAGAGUCAGUGUCGCGCGGUGUGCCGUGACAACUCAGAGUGUGCCCAAGGCGAGCGAUGUACCAACAACAGGUGCCUGGUGCCGUGUGUGUCCUCAUCACAGUGUCCCAUCAAUCAGGCCUGCAACAAUGGCGUGUGUCUGUUGGGCUGCCGCACCAACACUGACUGCCCUGCUGAGAAAGGCUGUGUUAACAACAAGUGUGGAGACCCUUGCACCAGGGAGAACGUCUGUGGCCCCAAUGCCCGUUGCCAAGUCCAGGACCACUUGGCCAAGUGCCAGUGUCCUCAGGGCUUCAACCCAACACCCACGCCACAGCAAGGAUGCAUUCGUGUCCCUUCCUCCUGCGCCACCACUGCAGAGUGUGGCCCCAAUAGUAUCUGUGAUUCAGGCAAGUGUAAGCCAGUGUGCCAGCAGAACUCUCAGUGUGCACAAGGCGAGAGUUGUACCGGAGGAAUGUGCCACAAGGUCUGCUUUGGUGACAGCAACUGUCUGCAGGGUGAGGUGUGCAUUGAAGGGUCAUGUGUGUCAGGAUGUCGUAGCAACGGUGACUGUAGGACGGACGAGGUCUGCAUCUCAAAGAAAUGCAUGUGUGCAAAGGGUUACCUGCCCGGCCCCAACGGGUGCGUAGAUGUGGAUGAGUGCCGGGAGACACCGUGCCAUGGAACAGCCUCUUGUGUCAAUGUCCCUGGUUCCUACAAAUGCAUCUGUCCUUCCUACACGGUGGGUGACCCAUAUGUAGCACCCGGCUGCCAGAAACCCAACGAAUGUGUCAGCGACAGUAAUUGUGAAGGUGAGCAGACAUGUGAGAAGGAUGCAGAAGGAGUCUUCAAGUGUGUUGAGCCUUGUGCCUCUGCUGUGUGUGGAACCAACGCUCGCUGCAAGGUGGCUGAUCGCAAGCCUCUGUGUGAAUGUGACCCCGGCCAUUAUGGUGACCCCAACGACCUCUCUGUUGGGUGUGUUCCAGGGGACUGUCUCGUCAAUGGUGACUGCUCCAGCAAUAAACUCUGCGACUUGCUCAGCUACAAGUGCAUCAACCCCUGUGACAACACCAACUGUGGGUUCGGUCGGUGCCAGACUGUGGAUCAUGCCGCUUUCUGUUACUGUGAGCGAGGCUUCCACAGGGACUCCUCUGGCUUGUGUGUUGACGUGGAUGAGUGUCGUGACACACCCUGCCACAGGUCUGCGCUUUGUCGCAAUGCCCUGGGCAGCUACACAUGCGUGUGUCCCGAAGGCCAGGUGGGUGACCCAGUUACCACCGGCUGUCGCACCCCAGGUCAAUGUGUGGACGACUCGUCAUGCCCCGAUACUGCCGCCUGUGCCAACAACAACUGCUACAAUCCCUGCUCGACUCCUGGGAGCUGUGGGGCUGGAGCACAGUGCAGAGCUGAGAAGCAUCGUGCUGUGUGCUUCUGUCCCCCGCGUUACACAGGCAACCCUCUAACCAGCUGCACCGCCCUCGAGUGUCUGGGCCACAAUGAGUGUCCCUCGGACAUGUCUUGCGUAACCAACCGGUGUGUCAAUCCGUGUUCCAUCGCUGGCGUGUGCGGCAAGAACGCCGGCUGCACCCCACAAGCCCAUCUCCAUCAGUGCUUCUGCCAAGCUGGCUUCACCGGGGACCCCAACCUUGGCUGCACAACCAUCACCUACUGCGCCGUCGAGACGGACUGCCCUGCAGGGGAGCAAUGCAGCGGAGGAGUCUGCGUCCCUGCGUGCACCAGUAACAGAGGUUGCUUGGCUGGACAGGUGUGUCUGGAGGGCUCUUGCGUCCCCACCUGCCGCGCCUCCACUGAUUGUCCAGACCUCCAGGUGUGUCAGAACAGCAUCUGCGUACCGGAGGUGAAGUGUCGAAGCAACGCCGACUGCGACUCCAGGGAACAAUGCCGCACCAACACCGUAGGCCAAGCUGAGUGUAAGGAAGCCUGCGACGGCCUCACGCUCUGUGGUCGCAACGCCCAGUGUGUGUCCAUCAACCACGAGCCUGUGUGCCAGUGUCCCCAGGGCUACUUUGGUGAUCCUCAAGAUGAACGCGGUGGGUGCAAGAAAAUAGAGUGUGAUGAGGACGAUGACUGCGAUCAGAACGAACGUUGUGACAACUACAUGUGCAAGACGGCAUGUCGUGUCAACAACCAAUGCGGGGAGAAUGCUCUGUGCAUCUCGGAGUCCCAUAAGGCUGUGUGCUUCUGCCGUGAUGGUUUCCAAGGUGACCCACUCAAGAGAUGUCAACCCAUUGACUUCUGUGUUGAGAACCCAUGUGGGGCAGGCGCCAGCUGCCACAACUUCCGUGGUAACUACAAGUGCUUGUGUCCUCCUGGCACGGUGGGCGACGCCUACACUGACGGUUGUAAACCCCCAGUUGACUGUCUCACCGACUCGGACUGUCCGCCCUCGGCCUUCUGUGGGGAAGAGAACAACGUGCCCAAAUGUAAGGAUGUGUGUGAGGGCUCCCACUGUGGCCCCAACUCUGAGUGUCGCGCUGCCAACCAUCGCACAGUCUGCGCUUGCAUCAGCGGCUACGAAGGUGACCCCAUGGACACGGUAACGGGCUGUCGACCUCAGGAGAUCUCCUGCCGACUCAAUGCUGAUUGUCCUCCUAGCACCAUCUGUGAUGGUGGACUUUGCAGGCUGACGUGUCGCUUGGACAACGACUGCUUUUUGGGCCACAUCUGCCUCAACAACAUCUGUAUGAUCGGCUGCCGUGCCAACGAGGACUGUACGACCAGUCAGGGCUGCCUUAAUAACCGCUGUACUGACCCUUGUGGAGCAGCUGCUGUGUGUGGACCCAAUGCUAUCUGUUCAGUGGUCAACCAUCGAGCUCAAUGCUAUUGCCCUACUGGCUUCAUCCCUAACCCAACCCCCAAUGUGGCAUGCUCCAGGAAGCCUAUUGCUUGCAGUAUCAAUUCUGACUGUGCAUCUGGCUUUGUCUGCAGCUUAGGGACCUGCAUGGCCAUCUGCUCCUCCACCUCCAACUGUCUUGACACUGAACAAUGCGACGGCUCUGUGUGUCGCCCUACUUGUCGCCGUGACGAUGAUUGUCGCUCAGGAGAAAUCUGUAAUCAGCUGAUAUGCACAAUAGGUUGUCGUUCAGACGUAGAGUGCCCAUCAACCCAGGCAUGCGUCAACAACAAAUGUAUAGACCCAUGUGGCAUACCCACAGCAUGUGGCGGUAAUGCCCGGUGUGCUGUAGAUGGUCAUCGGGUCGGGUGUACCUGUCCAGACAACCUCGUUGGGGACCCAUUCGUCAACUGUCGCCUCCCACCAACCCCCUGCACUGACGAUACCAACUGCCCGAAGGAUAUGACUUGUUUCUCGGGAACCUGUCGUCCACUUUGUAAAAGUGAUCAAGCCUGCUUCAACAAUGAACGCUGCGUUGGUGGUGUGUGUAAGGAGAUUUGUAACUCUGAUACCCAGUGCGGUGUGGGCAACAUCUGUGAAGGACGCUUGUGUAUUGUUGGUUGCCGCUCAGAUUCCACUUGUCCGACCAAAGAGUCGUGCAUAAAUAGGAAGUGUCGGAACCCCUGUGAAGAAGGAGCAGUUUGCGGGACAUGUGCAGAGUGUCAGGUAGUGAACCACCAGGCACAGUGCAGCUGCUCCGCCAAUGCCAUCGGCAACCCCCUCAUCGCCUGUACGACACCCACCCGCCAGUGUACCGCAGACAGUGAAUGUGACACCCAGGCAUCUUGCAGAGGGGGCUUCUGUUCCAAGUCUUGCAGCUCCUCUAAGCAGUGCAAUUGUGGUGAAACCUGCAGUGAGGGAUACUGUCACGCCGAGUGUAGCGAAGAGAGAGACUGCUCCCAGGGCUUCUUAUGCCGUGCUGGUGUCUGUGUGGUCGGUUGUCGCACAAACACUGACUGCCCGCUCACCCACGGUUGCUUCAAUGGCAAGUGUGACGACCCGUGCAAGGAUAAUGCCUGUGGCACCAACACUCGCUGCCGUGUCUCUGACCACCGCCCACUCUGCUUCUGCCUCAGUGGCUACCAUGGCAACCCCAAGGAGGGGUGUGAAAAGUACGAGUGCCUGAGUGAUACUGACUGUAGUCGGGAACAAACCUGCAUCAACCGUGAGUGCACGAACCCUUGUUUAGAGGGAACCUGUGGCACUAAUGCCCGCUGUAAUGUGAUGAACCGCAAGGCGGAGUGCUCGUGUCCUUCCAGCCACUACGGCAACCCGCAGGUGGAGUGUAAGAUGGAGGUCAACGAAUGCCUCACCAGCCCCUGUGCCGACAAUUCUCAGUGUAUCAAUACUGUAGGUAGUUUCAUCUGUAGUUGCAACACUGGUUGUCAUGGCGACGCCUACCAUGCCGGCUGCAUUUGCCCUCAAGACCAAGUUGACCCCUGCAAGAGAAUCUCUUGUGGUCAAAAUGCCAGGUGCCGAGAUGUGGACGCUUCGAAGGCCGAGUGCUUCUGCCCAGAACAUCUUCCUAAUGGUGACCCGCUCGUUAAAUGUACAGGAGACUGUCGCCAGACCGGCUGUGGCUUGGCCGCCUCCUGCCUGCCGGACGCCGUCGGCAGCUACGAAUGCAGGUGCCGAGACGCCAGCUGGACAGGUGACCCUUACGUGGAGUGUGUGCCAGAUACUCAGUGUACGCUAGACACAGACUGCCCGCCGGCUCACGCAUGUAUCACUGGAAAGUGUAAGGACCCAUGCACGCUAAGAGGCGCGUGCGGGGAGCGCGCUCUCUGCCGCACCGUGGCGCAUGCGGCCGUGUGCUCCUGCCCGCAGUGUUAUGUGGGUCGGCCGCAGGUGGCAUGCCGUCCGGACCCUGCCUGCGGCACGCCCGCACCGCCCUUGGAGCCGCCCCUGGUGAGCGGGUGUAGGCAGGACGGUGACUGCGGCGAGCGUCUGGCGUGCGACGCUGCCCUGCGCACCUGCUAUGACCCCUGCGCCCGCGGACCCUCUCAGUGCCAAGCUAAUAAAGUGUGUGAAGUCAGGAAGCACAAAGUUACGUGUCUGUGCAAGCACGGCUUUGUUGUGAACUCAGUGGGGGAGUUUGUGUGUGCUACAGGACCCAUUGACUGCCACGAGGACGACGACUGCGCCAGCAACCUGGCCUGUGUCACCAACCGCUGCACCAACCCGUGUGCCGUGGGCCGCCCGUGCCCGCCCAACAAGCAGUGCGAUGUUCUCAACCACCGCCCCGUCUGCAUCUGCGUCAAGGACUGCACGCCCUCCAUCACCAUCUGCCUCAGGGACGAGGGGUGCGCGCCCACGCAGGCGUGCGUCUCCUAUCAGUGCGUGGACCCCUGCGCCUCGCACGGCUGCCCAGGGGACACGCCAUGCUACGUCGAGGAUCACAAGCCUCUCUGUAAAUUCUGCCCACCUGGCUUUACUGUUGAUCCCGACUUUGGCUGCGUGAAAGACAUCGAUACUUCUACCCCCUCCACCCCCUCCACCACCACCACCACCAGCAGGUCCACGCCCAAGCCGUGUCGCAGUGAUGCUGACUGCGACACGUCCAAACAUACGUGUCUCCAGGGGCACUGCUCAAACCCCUGCCUGGACGCCUGUGGGACACGCCACUGUUCUCUCUCGACAGGCGCUCAUGGCCACAUCAUAAUAGAUUGUGCUGACACAACCAAACCCUCUACCACACCCUCCCAGCACCUGAACACAAGUGUUAAACCGAAAGUUCCAACAGAGACGAUGGGUUUCUUCACCCCACAACCCCAUAGCAGUAGUCACUCGACCCCAGCCACAACCCCACUCUUCACAACCAUCACUAAAACAUCUCACAGCCUCCUCACAACCCCAGCGCCUCACUCAUCAUCCAGAAGGCCAUCCAUCAGUCCCCCGACUAGUAAACAGCCAGUUAUUGUCAUCAAAAGACCCUUAACAACACCAGAAACCCCAGUUACAUUGGCAAUAGCCACAACACCAUCCCCUUCUUCAGAAACACCUGUAAUCCCUCUGGAUCGUCCAGUGACCCCCACUAGACGACCCAGACCAAGGCCUUCCACGACGCCAAGACGACCCGUCUUCACAACAUUUCUGCCAACGUCGCCAGCUACUGACACUCUCGCUACUACCCCACUACCAACCACUCGCCCUCACAUCACACCAAGGCCGCAGUCCACCACACACUUACCACGGCCUCCCCCCAUCACCAUAGACUCACCUGGAAUCUCAACUUCACCUCCAGAGGCCUCAACAGUAACCCAACCUCCUGCAAAGAGGCCUCCAAUCCGCUACACUCCCAGACCGACAACACUGCCCUCACCAACAUUACCAGUCACUCCACCACAACCAGUCACUCCAACACGACCAGUCACUCCUACACGACCCAUCACCCGAACAUCACCAGAUACGAGUAAAUUUAUUUUCCCAGUUACCACCCCCACACCGUCAGUACCCAAAACCCUCUCUCGAGUACCCAAGACGUGCACGAGCAGUGUUGAGUGCCCCAGGAACUUGGGAGAAAUUGUGUUUGUCAUGUCCCCAUAA